AUGAGUAAGAGCGAUGCAUUUAAUAAUUUACCACCAUUACAACGCUUCGGCAUGGCAAGGAAAGAAGUUAAUCAAAUCUAUCGGAAUAUUGCUAAAUUUGUCAAUGAUGGUUCUGCAUUCUUACAAGAAUUUGACCAACACAGCAAAAAUUUUAACAUUAGUGUAGAAGAAAUCAUGCUUCAGUUGAAGAGUUUUGCUAAUCAGGUGGCUGGUAUACAGGAAAUGUUAACUCGUGAUCAAAUGAAGGUAUGCUUUUUUGGUCGUACCAGUAACGGAAAAAGUACUGUUGUCAAUGCUAUGUUAGAGGACAAGAUAUUACCAACUGGAAUGGGCCAUACUUCGAAUUGUUUUUGUAGUGUGUCUGGUUGCGAUGGCGAUGAGUCUUACAUGUUAACACCAAAUGAUGAAAAGUUAGCCGUUACGAGUGUAAAACAAUUGGCUAGCGCGCUAUCACAAGAAAAGCUAGAAUCAAACGCUUUAGUAAGAGUUUAUUGGCCUAAAAAUAGCUGUCUUUGUAGCGAUGAUUUUCUCCUUUUAAUUUACAGUCCUGGGAUUGAUGUUACACCUGAUCUCGAUUCGUGGAUUAAUCAGCAUUGUCUAGAUGCUGAUGUUUUUGUGCUUGUCGCCAAUGCUGAAUCAACUUUAAUGAUAACGGAAAAAAAUUUCUUUCACAAAGUUAGUGAAAGGUUAUCAAAGCCUAACAUCUUUAUCCUUAAUAACCGUUGGGACGCAUCUGCAAACGAACCAGACAUUGUAGAAGAGGUUAAAAAGCAGCAUCUUGAGCGUACGAUUGACUUCCUAGCUAAUGAAUUGCAAGUUGCUAAUAAACGGGUUGCCCUUGACAGGGUUUUCUUUGUAUCAGCGAAAGAGCUAUUGUCUAAAAAUAAUUCUAUCAUGAAAGGGGUUGGAUUUAGCGAAGGUUAUCAAGCGCGCUUACUUGAAUUUGAGAGCUUCGAAAAGAAGUUUAAGGAAUGUAUAUCUGAGUCAGCAAUCAAGACUAAGUUUGAACAACACGCUAAGCAAGGGUUAAAAAUUAUCGAUUGUAUGAAAGAUGCCCUCCAACAAUUGGAGAAUAAUAUUAUAAGCAAAAUUGUACAAUUACGCGAUGAACGGAGUACCUGCCUAAAAAAUUUAGCUUAUGUAAAGAAUCGUCUUCGUGAUGAAGCGUCACACUUUGAUGCCCGGUUGAAACAAUUAACUAGCAGUGUUGAGAAAAAAGUAGCGAAGGCAAUGACCCGAGAGAUCAACCACUUAGCUUAUUUAGUGGAUGACUUUAAUCGUCCGUUUCAUUCACAUGAUCUUGUCAUUCAGACAUAUAAAAAGGAACUACUCGAUUAUAUAGAUGAAGGGUUGGGUAGAAAUCUUAUGGUUCGCUGCUCGGAAACUGUUAAUGAUGGCUGGAAUAAAACACGAAAUGAUAUUAUAAAACGAAUACGAGAAAUUCUACCUGCAGAUUAUCAUAAAGCCCUUGCUCUUGACGAUACCUUGCCUGAAGUUCCUAUCAGUUACAAUUUAGAUUGUCAUAACUUGUGCGGUGGGUUCCAAGAAGAUAUAAAAUUUAGAUUCACUUGGGGCUGGCGACCGUUGCUUCGUAGUGCUCUAGUCUUAUGUGGCAAUACACGUUUUGUGCGAGUUCUGGAUGAAAACGAGGUUAUAUCGACUGAAUUCUCUCAGCGUGCAAAUCAGGAUACUACAGUAGUUGGGUCACCUGAGUUGCCCAUCAGCCUAGCUACUGGUAUUGCAAUGGCUUCAUCGUAUAGUUCUUUAGGAAUUGUUAUCACUGCUGGUGCGAUUUUUAGAAUGGUUGGUUGGAGAUUAUUUACUGUUGGGAUUGCCGUAUAUGGCGGAUUAUAUGGCUUUGAGCGUUUAACUUGGACUCGUGGAGCUCAAGAGCGCACCUAUAAGAAGCAGUUUGUUAAUUAUGCUACGCAGAAAUUGAAAAUGAUGAUAUCGAUUACAAGUCGAAAUUGUAGCAAUCAAAUUCAAAAUGAACUUAAUGGAACAUACCAUCGGCUAAUAAACGCAGUCACUGAAUAUAAAACUACAUUGGAAGAACAGAGUAAAGAGCUCAAUUUACGGGUAUCAAAAUUGGAAGAAAUUGAAAAUACAUUUAAAGUUUUAAGGUAA